ACCUGUUAACACGUUAAUCGUUCGUCUGUGCGCCAAUUUUUCCCGAGUGAAACUUGAUUCACAUUCACGCACUUUUGCCUAAAUUUUAGUAUCCAAAAAACGAAAGUUAACAUACGAGUGUGCGAGUCAAAAAAAAACUGCACUAAAUUAUUCGAUCUAACCGGUUGCGGAAAAAGGAAAAGUUAAAAGUAUUGUUUUCCGUUCGGCAAUUUAUAGCCUCUAGGUAACAAAAUUGAAAGAUUGUGUUUGAAUCGAAGCAAAAGGUGUCUGCAACGCAACAUUGUUGUUGAGUGCCUGUGGAAAAGCAGCCAGUCGCAGUCAAAGCACCACACCGGUAAAGGCAAAAUCGUGAUCUAUCUUCGCUCCGCUUAGCGACCUAAAAAGUGUAAAAAAUUUGCGACGAUCACGUCCCGACAAAGUUAGACGUCUGUCUUGUGAAACUUACUGUCUUGUGCUGUUGUACUGAUUCGAUCAUAGUGUCGAGCUUUGGCGGUAAUAACGAUCGACUGCUGCUGCACCCUCUAGCAACUUCUAGGACCUUUGGCAAUUGAAUUGCUGCGCACUACCUACGGAGAGACCGAGAACUUUUGAGCAACGAACUCUAACUCUAACUAACCAGAAUUCAAUUUCCUACAACCCAUCAUUGGACAUAAUUUUGGAGACAGUCUGCAGCAAUACACCCUUUUUAAAAAUGAGUGUUGAAUCUAAAUGGUACCAAUAUCUGUGGAAAGUGCAUGGUUCCAAUUAUCAAACAUACGAUUCUUCGGACACAGGCAGUUUACAGAGCAAAAUGAGACGACCAAGCGAAACUGACUACAGCAAGUCACAACUGCCAGACGUGGACGAAGAAAGCGAAACCGAUCUGGCGAUCGAACGAAAAUCGCGAUCUUCCAAGUCUCCGGAUUCGGGCUUCCGAAGCAAUCGGACCUCCGCCGAUCGGAAGGCGUCAAGCACGUCCACCGGCUCGGAUCUGUACUGGGAAGCAACCGGACGACGGAGAAGCUCAGAUCAAGGUGUUGUCCUGACAACCGAUACGGACAGUUUCAUCAUCGGUCAGCGCGUUUGGGUAGGUGGUCUCCGGCCGGGACAGAUCGCAUUCAUCGGUGAGACACAUUUUGCGCCCGGCGAGUGGGCCGGUGUGGUUCUGGAUGAACCGAACGGCAAGAAUGAUGGAUCGGUGGCCGGAAAGCGUUACUUCCAGUGUGAACAGAAGAAGGGAGUCUUCUCCAGGCUGACACGGCUAACGAGGGACCCGUUGCCGGGUGCCGCCGGUAGUGGCGCAUCCAGUGCCACUGGAGAUACUUCGAUGGAUCACAGUUUCAGAUCGCUCACGUCACCGAUGCGAUCCGGCGCGGUGUCCCCCACACAUAGCGUGUCCAGCUUUGCGUCGAAGUCGCCGGCGAUGGGAAAAGCGGCAACACUUACGGUCGGGGAUCGUGUUAUAGUAUCUUCCGGAUUUGGCUCUCGCCCUGGCAUUUUAAAGUAUCUUGGAGAAACACAGUUUGCAAGCGGAAAUUGGUGCGGGGUUCAAUUAGAUGAAGCCAGCGGCAAAAAUGACGGUUCCGUUGAUGGGAUCAAGUACUUCGACUGCCCCGACAAGUAUGGAAUUUUCGUCCCAAUCGCUAAGGUCACACUAUCGCCGUCGGCCCGCAAAACGCGUCUGUCCCGGUCCGGCUCCAAGGAAUCGCUGACUUCAGUCGGAACAAUGAGCUCCAUCGCAACUACGGCCACAUCGAGACUUCGCAUGAGCGCUCAGAGGAAAUCAACCGUCAACAACGCAACAGUACCUUCGACGCCGAAAGCUUCCUUCUCGCUGCAGGACGUUCUCCGGGAAAAGCAGAACCACAUCGAACAGCUGAUGCGGGAACGGGAAAUCGAUCAGGAGGAGGUUGCCAAACAAACCAUCACGUACCAGAAACACGUUCAACAGCUGAAGGAUAAAAUCACACAGUUGGAAAGUCACCUGGGGGAGGAAAAGCGUCGCAACGAGGAUCUCCAAUUCAGUGUCGACGAGGCCACAUUCUGUGAAGAAGAACUGAACGCUCAAACACACAUCUUCAAGGAACGAAUAGCAGAGCUUGAGCGGCAGUUGCAAGGCAAAUCGGCAGAGCAACCCACCGAGGCGGAUCUUGCCGCGAAGGAACCAGACGCGACCGUGGUCUUAAACCUCGAGAUCGAUAAGCUCAAAGCCGAAAUCCUUGAACGGGAUCAGAAGCUACAUGUCACCGAAGAGCUCAAGGGUUCGCUGGAGGAUGAAAUCGCCAAACUGCACGAACGGUUGGCCGAAAUGGAGAAGAACUUGGACAUAAAGGUGUCAAGUUUCAACAUCAGUGAACAAUGUCUGAAGGAAAAGAUUGCUUACCAGCAGGCACGGAUCGACGAGAUGGGCAGCGAGCUGACGAGCAAGGAUGCCGAACUGGAAAAGCAAUAUCUGGAGCUGAAGAACGCCGAAGGUCAUCUGGAGGUGGAAGUGACACAGCUGCAGAAUGAUCUUCGUACUAAGGAAACACUGCUAGGCGAGCAGGAGAAACAGGUCGCGAAAUUGACUAGCGAAAUCGAAGUGCUGUUGAGUGAUAUCCGGCAACGCGAUGUUAAACUGCUGGAGGGGGAAAGUGGGCUGAAGGUUGUUCUGGACGAGAAAGAUGCCACGAUUGGGAAGUUGAAAAAAGAUUUGGAUGAGCGGACAAUAAGCGAGGAAUCACUGAAGGCUGAGUUGGAUGGGAAACAAAAAAGGAUAGCAGAUUUAGGUGCGAAGCUAAUUGCUUCCGAAGAACAAAUCAAGCACUUGGAGGACAAUGCUAAAGAAUCGAAAAAGGCCCAACAGGCGUUAGAAGAAUCUCUGAAAAGUCGUGAUAAUCUUUUGGAAGAAAAGACUGGUUUACUGGCGAAGUUACAAGAAGAACUGACCAACGUUUCCGCUGUUAGCGAACAGCAAGCUUCCCUUCUUAGUGCCAAAGACUCCGAACUUGAGCAAAAACAGCAGGACCUCGAUUCACGACAGGUUCAGCUGUCAAAAGUUACAUCCGAACUUACGGAAAUGGCCAAAAAGCUCGAGUCUACAAUUAAGGACUCUGACAACCGCGAUGCUGAACAUCGCACCACUCUUGAUAAUGAAAUUAAAACCAGAGAGGAUUUGCUCAAAAAACAUGCCGACCAAGAGACUGAACUGCAUGCCAAAGACAAACAACUGGAAGACAACGAAGUUCAGAUUAGCGCGUUGCAAAAUGAACUGAAAGAAACCAAUGUGGCCAAAGCAAAUCUGGCGCGAGAUUUGGAAGAAACAAGAAAGAGCUUUACCGAUAGGGACAGUGCCGUAGGCAAACUGAACGAAGAACGCCUCAUGCUGAGUGAUGAUUUGGAGAAACUACGAAAAGAGUCAGCCGGUGCAAUAGCUCUACUCGAAGAAAGGCUCAAAAACGCACAAGCAACUCACGCAAGCGAACUACAGCACAUCCACGAACAACAUUCAUUGGAAAUAUCCACAAAAGACGGCUCUAUUUCUACCCUAGAAGCAUCCCAGGAGAAACUACAGGCCGAGAAGUUUGACCUGUUAGCCCAAUUGGAUCAGUUCAAGAUGUCGGAAAUAACUUCCAGCGAUCAACUCUCCGCCAGGGAUGGAGAAAUCAAGGAAUUGUCUAAGAGAAUUGAAACGAUUGAAGCGGAAUUGUCCUCUAAGAAUGACAUCCUGGAGAAAACGACUCAACAGCUAACGGAAAGCAAUUCUAAACUUGAUUCAAGCGACAAGAAACUGAGCAACCUACAGGACGCGAAUGGUAAACUGGAAAUCGAACUUGCCGAUCUGAAGCGCAAAAUGGAAGCUCUAGAGCAAAAGUCAGCUCAAGUUCAACAGCAAAAAAUCGACCUGGAACGGGAAAUCGAUACGCUUCGCUCGUCGACGGUUGAUUCAAACUCGGAACUAUCCCGCUUGACCGAUGAACUAAAGACGAAACAGAAAGCGCUCGAACAGCUGCAAGAUACGUUCGAUUCCACCAAAAUCGACAUGGAGAGGCGGCUGGACGAGGCGAACCAAUCGAAUGGUGCUUUGAGCGAGCAGAUCGAACGUCUACGCAGCGAGAUGCAGCAAAUUUCCAGCCAAAAAAUCGAUCGAGAAAACGAACUUAACGUGGAGCUUGCAAAAAUUAAGGAAUCCGCUGAGGUGGAGCAGGAAAAUUUGGUGCGCGAGAUUGCCGGGUUGAAGGCAAGCUUUGAGGAGGAAAGAAUACGGCUAUUGAAGGAGGCUGAAACGAAGCACGAAGAGUUUGAAGGGGAAAAAAUGGCAUUGACCGUCACGAUCGAGGAACUGCAGAAUGAGGUGAAACGGUGCAAUACGCAUCUGCAGUUGGCUAAGGCGACUGCUCUUAAAGAACGCAAUGAAGCGGAUGAGAAAAUUAAACAAUUUACGGAAACAGGAGAAUCACUCAAUAAGCAAUUGGAGGACGUUAAGAAGGAGGAGACAUCGUUGAAAAAGACCCUCGCUGAAAUUCAAUCAGCCAUGGAAAAGGGCACUCACGAUGCGUCGGCCCAGUUGAGCGAAAAGGAUUCGAAAAUCGGUGAGCUUGAGAAGGAUAUACAAGUGUUACAGGAGGACGCUAAGACGAAACAAGCCGAAUGUGCUGAAUUAAGUAAACAGUUGGAAGACAAGGCAAAUACUCACGCAGAGAUGCUGAAGCAGCUAGAAGGUUGUCUUUCGCAAAUUCAGGUGCUGACGGCCGACAAAGAUAAACUGCAAUCGUCGUUGAAGGAUCAAUCAAGCGAGCUUGCAUCGCUCAAGGAGAAAUACCAAGAGAUGGAGGAUGAGCAAGUGGAUUUGGUGAGCCGAGAAGAGACUCUCAAAGGUGACAUCGAGCAGCUUAAGGGAACUUUGGAUGCAUCCGAGAAGAAAUGCAAGGAAUAUCUUGAGCAAAUUGACGCCAGAAAGGAAGAGUCUGUGAAGGCAGCGGGAGAAAAUCAAGCCGCCGUGGAUGAUCUACGCCAGGAAGUGGCAGCUUUGGGUGUAACUGUCAUCGAAAAAGAGCAAAAAGUUGAAGAACUGAACGCAAAGGUAGAUGAGUUGUUGCCCCUUGUAAAAUUAAUGGAAGAUUUGCGAACAGACCUUGAUACAAAAGAGCAGUUAAUUAAACAAAAAGAGGAAGAUGCUGAAAAGCACGCGGGAGAGCAAAAAACUCUUCAGAAAGCGGUUAGUAAAAAGGAAGCCAUUUUGCAACAAACUCGAACUGAGCUUCAAUCACUCCGGGAUGAUCUUGCGAAGAAGGAUGCAGACAUAGAGCAACUAACAAGCAAACUGCACACAACGGAGAAGUGUCUCAGUGAAAAGAGCGAACAGGAAAAUAAAUCGACCGUCGAGGCAAGCAAUCUGAAGGACGAACUAGAAAAAACUAAGCUCAUCAUCAGAGAUCAAAAGGAGCAAUUAACGGCACAGAACGGAACAAUCCAUGAGCUGGAAACGAAGCUCGUCGCUCAUGGCACACAGUUCGAGGAGCUUUUGAACAAAAAGAAAACCUCCGAAACGGAAAGUUCUCACAUGGUGCACGAACUGAACCAAAAGCUGCUAGAGAUGGAAAGUUUGAAGCAACGGGAGAUUACGGAACUGCAGUCUAGGCUUACCGAAAUCUUGGAAAAAUUCGAAGCGCAAAUGGCGGAAUCUACGAAAAACUUUGGAACGAUGCGGUCCGUCGAAAAGCGACAGCAAGAGCUGGAAUGCGAGAAAAAGGAUCUUGAGCUGCGGGAAACCGAAAUGCAGAUUAGCCAACGCAAACUGCAGAAAGAAGUCGAUCUUCUGUGCCAGCAGGUGUUGAUUAAGGAUAGCGAAAUUCGUAAGCUCUCCCUGGAGCUAGCUUCUGGUGCAAAGGUUACGACGAGUGCGAUCACUUCCAACAACGAAACCGGCCAGGAAUCCGAUGCACAAAUAAACUUCCUAAACUCCAUCAUUGCCGACAUGCAACGAAAGAACGAAAAACUCACACAGCGCAUAGAGGCGAUGGAACGGACCAGUAUUGAAGGAAAUAGCAAUAACCGAAGCUUCGAGUUCGACAAACGAAAACCAGCGCCCCGCAUGUUUUGCGACAUUUGCGAUGAAUUCGACCAACACGAAACCGAGGAUUGUCCAAAGCAGUGCUCCGAUAGCCCACCGGAGUCGCUAAAGCAUCCGUCGGCGGAUUCGAAGGAACGGAAGCUGCCGCCACCGCGAAAGUACUGCGAUGGAUGCGAGGUGUUUGGACACGAACUGGGCGAAUGUCCCGACGAUGAAACGUAUUAGGACCGGAUGGCACGAGGUGCAGUACUAUAAUGAUACCAGCAAAAUUCAUGGGAACCGGAAGAAAGCAGACGAGGAAAGUCCACGCCACGCGCAUGCCCUUCAACAACGUUAUCAGCUUCCGACCGCGUUCUGAAGCUGAAUUUCUUUUAUUUGUGUUCGUGUUGUUUCGUUCGUUACACUAGCUAGCUACGCUGCUCGAAUAGCAACAGUUGUUUCAAUUCAAUGCUGUUAAGUUUGCACACUGUAAAACAAUUUUUCUUCGUAAAUUCAGUAGGUAAAAACAAUGCUAGACUGCUGCAGAAUCCAGAGGCAUUUACAAUGUCCUUUCCCUAUACGUGCACUCGAGCGAAGCUCUGAAAACUUUAGUGAUAGAUAACAAGACAAAAAAUUAACCAGUUUUGUUUCAGUUUGUGUAACUUUAGAACUGUUUUCUAUUUAUUUCACGAAAUUAGCUUUCCACAUUUAGAUAGGAUAAUAAAACUAGAAACUUAUAUCGAUAAGAGACCUCAUCAUA